AUGUGGGACAAAAAUAACAAACUCUCACUCACUCUUCACAAGCAAUAUCCAACUUGCGGUCUUUGUGGUAAUUUCAACACCACUCCAGGAGAAGACAUCAAUGAGCACAUUGCCAAGAGUAAAAUUGCUGGUGAUUGCCCUGAAGCUACUAGUAAAACCUAUCAAACUUGCGAAGAUGGAGUAGAAUACUGUAACAAAAUUAUUGGAACCUACUUUGAGGAAUGUGGAAAGGUUUCUGCCUUAUCCAGUGACUACAAAAAGGUCUGCAUUGAUGAGUAUUGCCAAAAUAGAGACAAAACGUCAACAUGUGACACUUAUUCAGAAUUGUCCCGCCUUUGUGCCUCAGACGGUCCCGGCACCUACGAAUCCUGGCGAGAAGACUCUGAUGUGGUUUGCGAAAAACCUCAAUGCCCAGAAAAACAUAUCUACAAAGAAUGUGGCCCCUCAAAUCCUGCAACUUGUUCUAAUGUAGCUCCUUUUCAAGACAGUGAAUGUGUGAGUGGCUGCACCUGCCCAGAAGGUUAUCUGUUGGAUGACAUUGGAGAGAAAGGAAGAUGUGUACUGAAGGCCGACUGUCCCUGUGAGUCUAAUGGAAACGUCUACCUGUCAGGAGACGUUCGAGAAGGUCCUUGUGGGUCUCAGUGCACAUGCCAAGAUGCAAAGUGGUCUUGCACUGAAGCAAUGUGUCCUGGAAGAUGUAAGGUGGAAGGAAGUUCAAUUACCACCUUUGAUGGUGAAAAAUAUAACCAUCCUGGAAACUGUCACUUUUUGGCCAUCCAUGAUAAAGAUUGGUCUGUUAGUGUUGAGCUUCAUCCAUGUCCAAGUGGUAUGUCAGGAACGUGCUUAAAUAGUGUUACACUCGUCUUAAAUUCGUCUGGUUCAGUUGACAAAUAUGUAUUUAAUAAAGAUGGAACAGUCACAAAUGACAAGAUUGAAAAUCAAAAUUAUUAUUAUUCAGACAAAAUACAGAUUUUCAAGGCAUCUCUCUCAUACUUUCAAGUAGAAACAUACUCUCAUGUAAAAAUGCAAAUACAAACUGAUCCCGUGAUGCAAUUAUAUGUCUCCAUGCCACCUAACCAAUUCACAGACACUGUUGGACUCUGUGGCUCCUACAACAACAGAGUAGAGGAUGAUUUCAUGUCAAGUCAGAAUAUAUUGGAGAAGUCGUCUCAGGCUUUUGCUGAUUCUUGGGAAAUGAUGUCCUGUCCUAAAGGAAACCCAACUUCAUGCAUCAGCAUAGACACAGAAAGGUUUGCUGAAAGUCACUGUGGAAUUCUUCUUGAUUCAAAUGGGCCUUUUGCUUCCUGCCAUCCAAUUGUGAACCCCAAACCGUAUCAUGAGGAAUGCAAAAAAUACACUUGCAGUUGUGAAGAUGGUCAAGAAUGUCUGUGCACAAUUUUAGGCAACUAUGUGAAAGCGUGUGCUGAGAAGGAAACAUACAUAGUGGAAUGGAGAACUGGACGAUGCGAUCACUCGUGUCCAAGUGGCCUAGUUUUCAAGUACAAUGUAAAAGCCUGCAACAGCUCUUGCCGAUCCCUGUCAGAGCGCGAUAGGAGCUGUGAGGUAGAAGAUGUUCCGGUAGACGGAUGCACUUGCCCUGAUGGGAUGUACAAGGAUAACGAAGGAAAUUGUGUUUCAAAGUCCCAGUGUGAGUGCUACAUGAAUGACGAGGUCAUAAAGCCAGGCAAACUCAUCGAGAUUGAUGACAAUAAAUGUGUCUGUCGGGAUGGAAUUCUUCUUUGCCAGACUCCCAUUGAUCUAACCCACCAGAAUUGCUCUGGAGGGGCUGAAUAUGUUGACUGCAGUGAUCCCAAGGCACAGAGAAGAGUUGACAGUACAUGCAGCACUCGCAACAUACCUAAUUUUGAGGAGAACUCGCCUUGCAAACAUGGGUGCUACUGUCCAGUAGGAAUGGUUCGAGAUUCUAAAGGGAACUGUGUCUUUCCUGAUGACUGCCCUUGCUCUUUUGGUGGACGAGAGUAUAGCCAAGGAAGUGUCACCUCAGUUGGCUGCAACAAAUGUACUUGCAUGAAAGGAUCUUGGAACUGCACACAAAAUGAAUGUCAGAGUACCUGCCACAUCUAUGGGGAAGGUCACGUUCAAACUUUUGACAGAAAAAGUUACAGCUUUGAUGGGCUCUGCCAGUAUUCAUUUGUUGAGGAUUAUUGUGGCAGUGAAAAUGGCACAUUCCGCAUUUUAACUGAAAGCGUCCCUUGCUGUGAAGAUGGGCUCACGUGCUCAAGAAAAAUCAUAGUUGCUUUUCAGGAUCAGAAUGUUAUCUUGCAAGAUGGUAAGGUAACAGCCAUCAAAACGACAGAAAGCAAGGAGUGUGAACUCAAUGGAAAUGCGUACACUGUGCAUACCGUUGGCCUAUACCUGAUUCUGAAAUUUGUCUCUGGAAUAACCGUGAUUUGGGACAAAAACACAAGAAUGACUGUUAUAUUGGAGCCAUACUGGAAUGGCAAAGUGUGUGGUCUUUGUGGAAACAGCAACGGCGAUCUCAAGGAUGAUUUCACAACGCGGUACUCCUCAGUAGCUACCGGAGCACUGGAGUUUGGAAAUAGCUGGAAGACGUCUCAAGAAUGUUCAGACACCGUAACUCAGACUUUCCCAUGUGACUCCAACCCCUAUUGCAAAGCCUGGGCUGUGCGGAAAUGCGAGAUCAUCCGGGACAGCACCUUCAGAGAGUGCCACAGCAAGGUGGACCCCAGCACUUACUACGAUGCGUGCAUCGAGGAAGCCUGCGCCUGCGACAUGGAGGGCAAGUACCUGGGAUUCUGCACGGCUGUGGCCAUGUAUGCGGAGGCGUGCAGCGCGGUUGGAGUCUGUGUGGCGUGGAGAAAGCCCGACCUCUGUCCUGUCUACUGUGAUUAUUAUAAUGCCCCUGGAGAAUGCAGCUGGCAUUAUGAGCCGUGCGGGACGGUGACUGCAAAAACAUGCAAAGAUCGAGUUAUUGGCCAGAAAUUUUCUGCACUUUUAGAAGGUUGUUAUGCUAAGUGCCCGGAGAGUGCUCCUUACCUGGAUGAGAACACCAUGAAAUGCGUCAGGUUAUCCGAGUGCAGCUGCUUCUACAAUGAUGUCAUACCAGCAGGUGGAGUGAUCCAAGACAACUGUGGGAGAACAUGCUAUUGCAUCGCAGGAGAGUUGGCGUGUAGUGGAAUUGGUGCUGACAAUUCAACAGUUACAGGCCUUAUGAGUACUCCGUUUCCCGUCACCUUCACAGCUGGAAGUGCAAGCACCCCUGGAGCAGUGGGUCCCCUCUUCACCAGUCCUUGGCACGUAUCAGAGACCACUGGAUCAUCAGCAAGUACAACCACAGGAGCUGAAAAACCAAGUUCAACUGACACAGGCUUCAGAGAAGCUGGAAUAGGGGCCCCAACUGCACCACCAGUGGAAACGGAAGAAAAGAGCACACCUGGGGCACCAAGCACAGGAGCAACAAGCACAGGAAAAGCAGGUACACCUGGGACAUCAGGUGGCACAACUAUUGGAGGUAAAAGUACACCUGAGUCACCCAGUAGUGGGACUACAAGUUCAUCAGAUAAGCUAGGAACAACUGGACAAUCCGCUGAAGGAUCUGGAACCACAAUAGUACCAUCAUCUGAAGUGACAGGAACAACCAUCACAUCAGCUGGAGAAUCAGGCAACACUAGAAAAACAGAAACAACUAGAUCAUAUGAUGUAGGUUCACAGUCAACAGGACCUUCAUCUGAAGGAUUAAAGACAACAGAGGCAGCAACUGGAAUACUAGGGACAACUGGUUCAUCCCCCAAAACACCAACUGGAGGAUUACAAACAACUAGAUCAGAAGCUGGAGGAUCAGGGACCACAGAAUUAUCAACUGGAGAAACAGGAACAACUGUAACGUCUGCUACAGGUUCAGAAACAACUCAAUUAAUGUCUGAAAGAGUAGGGACAACAAGACCAUCAGCUGUAGAGUCAGAGACAACUGGUGGAAUGUCAGGAAUCACUGGUGUAACACCUGAGGGAUUAGGAACAAGUGGAAGAUCAGCAUCGGGAACAACUGAAUCAUCUGCUAAAGGUUCUAGAACAACUGAAUCACCAUUUAAAGGAACUGGGACAACCAGAACCCCAGCAGAAGAAAAAGGAACAACUGGUCCAACAGCUGAUAUGCCAGGAUCCACUGGUGUAACACCUGGAGGAUCAGGGACAACAGGAACAUCAGAAUCUGAAACGACUGAAACAUCUGCUAAAGGGUCUCAAACACCUAAAUCAUCAUCUGAAGGCCCUGCAACAAGUAGGCCAUCUGAGGGAGAGACAGGAACCACUGGCCCAACAGGUGGAUGGUCAGGAACCACUGGUGUGGCACCUGGGGAAUCAGGGACAACUGGAUCACCUGCUCAGGGUUCUGGGACAACAGAAUCACCAUCUAAAGGAACUGGGACAACCAGAACCCCAGCAGAAGAAAAAGGAACAACUGGUCCAACAGCUGAAAUGCCAGGAUCCACUGGUGUAAUACCUGGAGCAUCAGGGACAACAGGAACAUCAGAAUCUGGAACAACUGAAUCACCUGUAAAAGGUUCUAGAACCACUAAAUCACCAUCUAAAGGAACUGAAACAACCAGCACCCAAGCAGAAGGGAAAGGAACGACGGUCUCAAUGGGUCACAUGUCAGGAACUACUGGUGUAACACCUGGAGGAUCAGGGACAACUGGGACAUCUUUCCGAGGUUCAGGAACAAGUGAAUCAUCAUCUGAAGGACCAGGGACAACCAGGUCAUCCGCUGGAGGGACGGGGACAACUGGCCCAACAGGUGGAAUGUCAGGAACCACUGGUGUGGCACCUGGGGAAUCAGGGACAACUGCAUCACCUGCUCAGGGUUCUGGGACAACAGAAUCACCAUCUAAAGGAACUGGGACAACCAGAACCCCAGCAGAAGAAAAAGGAACAACUGGUCCAACAGCUGAAAUGCCAGGAUACACUGGUGUAACACCUGGAGGAUCAGGGACAACAGGAACAUCAGAAUCUGGAACAACAGGAUCACCUUCUCAGGGUUCUGGGACAACAGAAUCACCAUCUAAAGGAACUGGGACAACCAGAACCCCAGCAGAAGAAAAAGGAACAACUGGUCCAACAGCUGAAAUGCCAGGAUCCACUGGUGUAAUACCUGGAGCAUCAGGGACAACAGGAACAUCAGAAUCUGGAACAACUGAAUCACCUGUAAAAGGUUCUAGAACAACUAAAUCACCAUCUAAAGGAACUGAAACAACCAGCACCCAAGCAGAAGGGAAAGGAACAACGGUCUCAAUGGGUCACAUGUCAGGAACUACUGGUGUAACACCUGGAGGAUCAGGGACAACUGGGACAUCUUUCCGAGGUUCAGGAACAAGUGAAUCAUCAUCUGAAGGACCAGGGACAACCAGGUCAUCCGCUGGAGGGACAGGGACAACUGGCCCAACAGGUGGAAUGUCAGGAACCACUGGUGUGGCACCUGGGGAAUUAGCAACAACUGGAUCAUCUUCUCAGGGUUCUGGGACAACAGAAUCACCAUCUAAAGGAACUGGGACAACCAGAACUCCAGCAGAAGAAAAAGGAACAACUGGUCCAACAGCUGAAAUGCCAGGAUCCACUGGUGUAACACCUGGAGCAUCAGGGACAACAGGAACAUCAGAAUCUGGAACAAUUGAAUCACCUGUUAAAGGUUCUAGAACAACUGAAUCACCUUCUAAAGGAACUGGGACAACCAGAACCCCAGCAGAAGGGAAAGGAACAACGGUCUCAAUGGGUCACAUGUCAGGAACUACUGGUGUAACAGCUGGGGGAUCAGGGACAACAGGAACAUCAGAAUCUGGAACAAAUGAAUCACCUGUUAAAGGUUCUAGAACAACUGAAUCACCAUCUAAAGGAACUGGGACAACCAGAACCCCCGCAGAAGGGAAAGGAACAACGGUCUCAAUGGGUCACAUGUCAGGAACUACUGGUGUAACACCUGAAGGAUCAGGGACAACUGGAACAUCUUUCCGAGGUUCAGAAACAAGUGAAUCAUCAUCUGAAGGACCAGGGACAACCAGGUCAUCCGCUGGUGGGACAGGGACAACUGGCCCAACAGGUGGAAUGUCAGGAAACACUGGUGUGGCACCUGGGGAAUCAGGGACAACUGCAUCACCUGCUCAGGGUUCUGGGACAACAGAAUCACCAUCUAAAGGAGCUGGGACAACCAGAACCCCAGCAGAAGGUAAAGGAACAACUGGUCCAGCAGCUGAAAUGCCAGGAUCCACUAGUGUAACACCUGGAGGAUCGGGGACAACAGGAACAUCAGAAUCUGGAACAACUGGAUCACCUUCUCAAGGUUCUGGGACAACAGAAUCACCAUCUAAAGGAACUGGGACAACCAGAACCCCAGCAGAAGGGAAAGGAACAACGGUCUCAAUGGGUCACAUGUCAGGAACUACUGGUGUAACACCUGGAGGAUCAGGGACAACUGGGACAUCUUUCCGAGGUUCAGGAACAAGUGAAUCAUCAUCUGAAGGACCAGGGACAACCAUGUCAUCUGCUGUAGGGACGGGGACAACUGGCCCAACAGGUGGAAUGUCAGGAACCACUGGUGUGGCACCUGGGGAAUCAGGGACAACUGCAUCACCUGCUCAAGGUUCUGGGACAACAGAAUCACCAUCUAAAGGAACUGGGACAACCAGAACCCCAGCAGAAGGUAAAGGAACAACUGGUCCAGCAGCUGAAAUGCCAGGAUCCACUAGUGUAACACCUGGAGGAUCGGGGACAACAGGAACAUCAGAAUCUGGAACAACUGGAUCACCUUCUCAAGGUUCUGGGACAACAGAAUCACCAUCUAAAGGAACUGGGACAACCAGAACCCCAGCAGAAGGGAAAGGAACAACGGUCUCAAUGGGUCACAUGUCAGGAACUACUGGUGUAACACCUGGAGGAUCAGGGACAGCUGGGACAUCUUUCCGAGGUUCAGGAACAAGUGAAUCAUCAUCUGAAGGACCAGGGACAACCAUGUCAUCUGCUGGAGGGACGGGGACAACUGGCCCAACAGGUGGAAUGUCAGGAACCACUGGUGUGGCACCUGGGGAAUUAGCAACAACUGGAUUAUCUGCUCAGGGUUCUGGGACAACAGAAUCACCAUCUAAAGGAACUGGUACAACCAGAACCCCAGCAGAAGGUACAGGAACAACUGGUCCAGCAGCUGAAAUGCCAGGAUCCCCUGGUGUAACACCUGGAGAAUCAGGGACAACAGGAACAGCAGAAUCUGGAACACCUGAAUCACCUGUUAAAGGUUCUAGCACAACUGAAUCACCUUCUAAAGGAACUGGGACAACCCGAACACCAGCAGAAGGGAAAGUAACAACUGGUCCAGCAGCUGAAAUGCCAGGAUCCGCUAGUGUAACACCUGGAGGAUCAGGGACAACAGGAACAUCAGAAUCUGGAACAACUAAAUCACCUGCUCAGGGUUCUAGGACAACAGAAUCACCAUCUAAAGGAACUGGGACAACCAGAACCCCAGCAGAAGAAAAAGGAACAACUGGUCCAACUGCUGAAAUGCCAGGAUCCACUGGUGUAACACCUGGAGCAUCAGGGACAACAGGAACAUCAGAAUCUGGAACAAGUGAAUCACCUGUUAAAGGUUCUAGAACAACUGAAUCACCUUCUAAAGGUACUGGGACAACCAGAACCCCAGCAGAAGGGAAAGGAACAACGGUCUCAAUGGGUCACAUGACAGAAACUACUGGUGUAACAGCUGAAGGAUCAGGGACAACUGGGACAUCUUUCCGAGGUUCAGGAACAAGUGAAUCAUCAUCUGAAGGGCCAGGGACAACCAGGUCAUCCGCUGGAGGGACAGGGACAACUGGCCCAGCAGGUGGAAUGUCAGAAACCACUGGUGUGGCGCCUGGGGAAUCAGGGACAACUGCAUCACCUGCUCAGGGUUCUGGGACAACAGAAUCACCAUCUAAAGGAACUGGGACAACCAGAACCCCAGCAGAAGGUAAAGGAACAACUGGUCCAGCAGCUGAAAUGCCAGGAUCCCCUGGUAUAACACCUGGAGAGUCAGGGAAAACAGGAACAUCAGAAUCUGGAACAACUGAAUCACCUUCUAAAGGAACUGGGACAGCCAGCACCCCAGCAGAAGGGAAAGGAACAACGGUCUCAAUGGGUCACAUGUCAGGAACUACUGGGGUAACACCUGGAGGAUCAGGGACAACUGGGACAUCUUUCCGAGGUUCAGGAACAAGUGAAUCAUCAUCUGAAGGACCAGGGACAACCAGGUCAUCCGCUGGAGGGACAGGGACAACUGGCCCAACAGGUGGAAUGUCAGGAACCACUGGUGUGGCACCUGGGGAAUUAGCAACAACUGGAUCAUCUGCUCAGGGUUCUGGCACAACAGAGUCACCAUCUAAAGAAACUGGUACAAACAGAACCCCAGCAGAAGGGAAAGGAGAAAUAGUCUCAAUGAUUCCCAUGUCAGGAACUACUGGUGUAACACCUGAAGGAUCAGGGACAACUGGAACAUCUUUCCGAGGUUCAGGAACAAGUGAAUCAUCAUCUGAAAGACCAGGGACAACCAGGUCAUCCGCUGGAGGGACAGGGACAACUGGCCCAACAGGUGGAAUGUCAGGAACCACUGGUGUGGCACCUGGGGAAUUAGCAACAACUGGAUCACCUGCUCAGGGUUCUGGGACAACAGAAUCACCAUCUAAAGGAACUGGGACAACUAGAACCCCAGCGGAAGGGAAAGGAACAACUGGCCCAACAGCUGAAAUGCCAGGACCCACUGGUGUAACACCCAGAGGUUCAGGGACAACUGUAAGAUCUGAAUCUGGAGCAACUGGAUCAUCUGCUACAGGUUCAGGAACAAGUGAAUCAUCAUCUCAAAAAACUACAACAACCAGACCAUCAGCUAAAGGGACAGGAACAACUGUCUCAACAGGUGGCAUGUCAGGAUCCGCUGGUGUAACACCUGCUCAUUCAGGCACAACUGGAAGAUCAGAAUCUGGGACAACUGGAUCUUCAGCUAAAGGUUCAGGCACAACUGAAUCCUCCUCUGAAAGACAAGGGACAACAGGAUCAUCCACUGGAGAGACAGGAACCACUAGUCCAACAGGUGAAAUGUCAGGAACCACUGUUGUGGCACCCAUGGAAUCAGGGACAACUGGAUCAUCUGUUAAGGGUUCUGGAACAACUGAAUCACCAUCUGAAGGAACUGGGACAACCAGAACUCCAGCAGAAGGGAAAGGAACAACGGUCUCAAUGGGUCACAUGUCAGGAACUACUGGUGUAACACCUGGAGGAUCAGGGACAACUGGGACAUCUUUCCGAGGUUCAGGAACAAGUGAAUCAUCAUCUGAAGGACCAGGGACAACCAGGUCAUCCACUGGAGGGACAGGGACAACUGGCCCAACAGGUGGAAUGUCAGGAACCACUGGUGUGGCACCUGGGGAAUCAGGGACAACUGCAUCACCUGCUCAGGGUUCUGGGACAACAGAAUCACCAUCUAAAGGAGCUGGUACAACCAGAACCCCAGCAGAAGGGACAGGAACAACUGGUCCAGCAGCUGAAAUGCCAGGAUCCCCUGGUGUAACACCUGGAGGAUCAGGGACAACAGGAACAUCAGAAUCUGGAACUGAAUCACCUGUGAAAGGUUCUAGAACAACUGAAUCACCAUCUGAUGGAACUGGGACAACCAGAACCCCAGCAGAAGGGACAGGAACAACUGGUCCAGCAGCUGAAAUACCAGGAUCCACUGGUGUAACACCCGCAGGUUCAGGGACAACUGUAAGAUCAGAAUCUGGGACAACCGUAUCAUCAGCUAAAGGUUCAGGCACAACUGAAUCAUCAUCUGAUAAAACUACAACAACCAGACCAUCAGCUGAAGGAUCAGGGACUACUGUAGCUGGUACCACUAGAUCUACUCAAGGAAGUUCUGGAUCAUCAACUGGAUCAGAGACAUCAGCAGAAAGAUCUGGGACAACUGGACUGUUAUCUGGAGAAACAUCGACAACUGGAUCAUCAACUGAAGUGGGAAGAACAACGAUGAUGCCAGGAAGUGAUAUUACCACAUCUGGAGGUGCAUUCAGAGAGUCAGUAGGAGCUACCACCCAGCCAAGCAGAGGAAGCACAGCUGGAGCAGGAGCCUCUGGGGCCACCUCUGCUGGGAACCAAGCAGGCACAACUGAAGAAUCAUAUGGAGAAACCACUGAAGCAGGCGAAAGCACAACCAGAUUAACCACACCUGUCUCAGGUUCCAUAAGAAGCACUUCUAUCUCAACAAUUCCAUCAGAAAGUUCCACUGUAGGUCCAGAGGACAAAGUUCUACCAGAACUCAUUGAAGUGCCACCAGGACAGGCUAAAGUAACAGAGGCCACGACUACCAGAGGAGGUGCGGGCACCACUGGAGAUGGAUUCAGAGCAGCAGGUACCACUGUAUCAUCAGAAAGUGAAGUCACUGGGAAGAAAACAGGCACCACUGGGGUAACUCCUGGCACAACUGUUGCCCCAGGCAGUUCCAAAACAGAGGCCACAACUUCCCUUGGGGAAAGUGAAACAACUACAGUUGGAGUAGAGACAGGUACUACUGGUAUAGCCUCUGGAGAAACCCCGGGACCUGGGAGUUACAUCACAGGUAGCACCACGCUUUCACCUGGAGCCAGCAGCAGCUCACAGAAAACCAAGCCAGAGGCCACGACUUCUACAAAAGGAAUUGAGACCACACAAGCCGGACUUGUAGGAGGCACCUCUGCCACACCAGGGAGCCCAGGGACUGGAAGUAAAACAGGUGCUACACAGGGACUCGCUAGGACAACCAGUGUAUCUGAAGGUUCCAACACAGAGGCCACAACAUUAACAGAAAGCAGUGGCACUUCUGGAACUGGAUUCAGAACUGGUACCACCACACUUUCACCUGGAGCCAGCAGCAGUUCGCAGAAAACCAAGCCAGGCACCACUGUCACACCUGGAAGUUCGGGGACUGGAAGUGAACCAGGUACUACUGGUAUAGUCUCUGGAAAAACUCCAGAACCUGGACCUUACACCACAGAGGCCACAACUUCCAUGGGAGGAAGUGGGACCACCCAAGCAGGACUUCUGGAAGGUACCACAACACUUUCACCUGGAGCCAGCAGCAGUUCACAGAAAACCAAGCCAGGCACGUCUGUCGCACCAGGGAGUCCUGGGACUGGAACUGAAACAGAGGCUACAGCAUCAACAGAAGGGAGUGGCACAUCAGGAACUGGAUUCAGAACUGAGGCCACUACUUCCACGGGAGGAAGUGGAACUACCCAAGCAGGACUUGUAGGAGGUACCACAACACUUUCGCCCGGAGCCAGCAGCAGUUCACAGAAAACCAAGCCAGGCACCUCUGUCACACCAGGGAGUCCAGGGAGUGGAAGUGAAACAGGUGCUCCACACGAAUUCCCCAGGACAACCAUUAUACCUGGAAGUUCCCACACAGAGGCCACAACGUUAACAGAAAGCAGUGGCACUUCUGGAACUGGAUUCAGAGGUGCUGACACUCCUGGAACAGGAUCCAGACCAGUCGCCACUGCAGUGCCACCAGGCCAAGCAACUGGGAGUGUGACAGGCACCACUGGGCCAGCUGUUGGCACAACUGUUGCACCUGGCAGUUCCAACACAGAAGCCACAACUUCCACAGGAGGCAGUAAGGCUACGCAGGGAAGAUUGCCAGGAGGCAACUCUGUCACACCUGGAAGUCCAGGGACUGGAAGUGGAACAGAAGAGGCUACAACAUCAACAGAAGGCAGUGGCACAUCUGGAACUGGAUUCAGAACUGUGGCCACUACUUCCAUGGGAGGAAGUGGGACUACCCAAGCAGGGCUUGUCACAGGUACCACAACACUUUCACCUGGAGCCAGCAGCAGUUCACAGAAAACCAAGCCAGGCACCUCUGUCACACCAGGGAGUCCAGGGAGUGGAAGUGAAACAGGUGCUCCACAGGAAUUCCCCAGGACAACCAUUAUACCUGGGAGUUCCCACACAGAGGCCACAACGUUAGCAGAAAGCAGUGGCACUUCUGGAACUGGAUUCAGAGGUGCUGACACUCCUGGAACAGGAUCCAGACCAGUCGCCACUGCAGUGCCACCAGGCCAAGCAACUGGGAGUGUGACAGGCACCACUGGGCCAGCUGUUGGCACAACUGUUGCACCUGGCAGUUCCAACACAGAAUCCACAACUUCCACAGGAGGCAGUAAGGCUACGCAGGGAAGAUUGCCAGGAGGAACCUCUGUCAAACCUGGAAGUCCAGGGACUGGAAGUGGAACAGAAGAGGCUACAACAUCAACAGAAGGCACUGGCACAUCGGGAACUGGAUUCAGAACUGAGGCCACGACUUCCACGGAAGGAAGUGGGACUACGCAAGCAGGACUUGUCCGAGGUACCACAACACUUUCACCUGGAGACAGCAGCAGUUCACAGAAAACCACGCCAGGCAACUCUGUUACACCAGGGAGUCCAGGGACUGGAAGUGGAGCAGAGGCUACAACGUCAACCGAAGGCAGUGGCACAUCUGGAACUGAAUUCAGAACUGAGGCCACGACUUCCACGGGAGGAAGUGGGACUACCUUAGCAGGACUUGUAGGAGGUACCACAACACUUUCACCUGGAGACAGCAGCAGUUCACAGAAAACCAAGCCAGGCACCUCUGUCACACCAGGGAGUCCAGGGACUGGAAGUGAAACAGGUGCUCCACAGGAAUUCCCCAGGACAACCAUUAUACCUGGGAGUUCCCACACAGAGGCCACAACGUUAACAGAAAGCAGUGGCACUUCUGGAACUGGAUUCAGAGGUGCUGGCACUCCUGGAACAGGAUCCAGACCAGUCGCCACUGCAGUGCCACCAGGCCAAGCAACUGGGAGUGUGACAGGCACCACUGGGCCAGCUGUUGGCACAACUGUUGCACCUGGCAAUUCCAACACGGAAUCCACAACUUCCACAGGAGGCAGUAAGGCUACGCAGGGAAGAUUGCCAGGAGGCACCUCUGUCAAACCUGGAAGUCCAGGGACUGGAAGUGGAACAGAAGAGGCUACAACAUCAACAGAAGGCAGUGGCACAUCUGGAACUGGAUUCAGAACUGAGGCCACGACUUCCACGGAAGGAAGUGGAACUACCCAAGCAGGACGUUUAGGAGUAGGUACCACAACACUUUCACCUGGAGCCAGCAGCAGUUCACAGAAAACCAAGCCAGGCACCUCUGUCACACCUGGGAGUCCAGGGACUGGAAGUGGAACAGAGGCUACAACAUCAACAGAAGGCAGUGGCGCAUCAGGAACUGGAUUCAGAACUGAGGCCACUACUUCCAUGGGAGGAAGUGGGACUACCCAAGCAGGACUUGUCACAGGUACCACAACACUUUCACCUGGAGCCAGCAGCAGUUCACAGAAAACUAAGCCAGGCACCUCUGUCACACCAGGGAGUCCAGGGAGUGGAAGUGAAACAGGUGCUCCACAGGAAUUCCCCAGGACAACCAUUAUACCUGGGAGUUCCCACACAGAGGCCACAACGUUAACAGAAAGCAGUGGCACUUCUGGAACUGGAUUCAGAGGUGCUUCCACAACACCAGCAGAAGGUAGUGGCACUCCUGGAACAGGAUCCAGACCAGGCGCCACUGCAGUGCCACCAGGCCAAGCAACUGGGAGUGUGACAGGCACCACUGGGCCAGCUGUUGGCACAACAGUUGCACCUGGCAGUUCCAACACAGAAGCCACAACUUCCACAGGAGGCAGUAAGGCUACACAGGGAAGAUUGCCAGGAGGUACCACUGAAGAGUUUUCUGGAACAACUGUUACAUCUGGAGGUUUUAACACAGGUACCACUAGGGUAGCUUCUGGCACUCCACUUGAACCUGGGAGUUCAAACACAGAAGCUACAACACUCCCUAGAGGCAGUGGAACUACAGGAAGCAAUACAGGUUCUACUGAAGUGGCCCCUGGCAGUACCAUCUCAUCUGGAAGUUCCAACACAGGAGCCACCACUGGCACAUCUGAGAGGUCAAGUCCUGGAAGUAAAACAGGAACCACUGGUGUGGUCUCUGGCACAACAGUUGCACCUGGAAGUUCCAACACAGGGGCCACAACUUCUUCAGAAAGUGGUGGAACCACUGAGGGUGAAAUGAAAAUAGUUACCACUGAGGUCACUACUGGCACAACAACUGCACCUGGGAGUUCCAACGCAAAGACUACAACUUCUACAGAAGUUGAAACUACCACUGGAGUUGGAAUGGUAACUGGUACGACUACAGGGUCUGCUGGAGUUUCCAGGGGCCCAGAGAAUUCCAGUCCUGCUACUACUGUAGUAUCAAGUGGAAGUACUGGUGGCCCAGAAAGUUCCAGUCCAGGUACCUCCCAGGAAACAUCUGAAACAACCAUUGCUUCUGGAAUUUCUACCACGGAAACCACUGCAGGAGCAACAGGAGAUCAAGAAAAUGAAAAUAAAGCAGGCUGUCCAGCACCACUUCCAUCACCUCCAGUUUGCCAUGGUCCACUGGGAGAAGAGAAAUCACCUGGAGACACAUGGACUGCUAAUUGCCACAAAUGCACCUGUACCAAUGCUAAUACGGUGGACUGUAAACCCAAGGAGUGCCCUUCUCCCCCCACAUGCAAAACUGAAGAGAGGCUUGUAAAGUUCAAAGAUAAUGAUACCUGCUGUGAAAUUGGAUACUGUGAACCAAGAACAUGUUUAUUUAACGAUACCAACUAUGAGAUUGGUGCUUUUUUUGAUGACCCCAACAACCCAUGCGUCUCCUACUUCUGCGAUACAACUGGUUUCCGUGCAGUGGUCGAAAACUGCCCCAAGCAGACCUGGUGUGCAGAAGCAGACCGAGUCUAUGAUUCAAAAAAAUGUUGCUAUAAAUGUAAUACUAAUUGCAGAUCUUCACUUGUCAAUGUGACUGUUAAGUACAAUGGUUGCAAGAAAAGACUUGAGAUGGCAAGAUGUGUAGGGGAAUGCAAACAGACCAUCAAGUACAAUUAUGAUAUCUUUCAGUUGGAAAAUUCCUGCCUUUGCUGCCGAGAAGAAAACUAUGAGUUCAGAGACAUCAUUCUUGACUGUCCUGGUGGCAAAACCUUGUCUUACAGAUACAGGCACAUCACAGCAUGUUCUUGCUCAGACAAGUGCCAUCAAUCUGCAUCCUCAGCGAGCAUGUAAUGUUAACAUUACCUUUCCAGUUGUAACAGGCGGGUAUUUAUUUUAUAAGUGAACAAAAAUCAGCACUCACUUGUGAGAAUAAUGAAACACUGUAUCUCUAUCCAAAAGUGAAUUCUCAUUAUGAGGCAUUUUGUUCUUUUGUUGACUGAAUCUGGAAAAAUAAAUACAAU